AUGUUUCUCGAUAUUACCGUGACGUACUGCCAAACGUCAUUCAACAGAUUCCUCGAGACUUUCCUCCCAAGACAAAGCUUGGAACCACUGCGAGACCAGAUUGGUAAACACUAUGACUGCGAGAAGAGCUACGGUGGCGAUUACAACCUAUGCCUAAGAUACAUCAUCCCCGAUGCGUCCUUCACAUACAACACCCGAGAUCUCAUAGACUCUUGCACUGAGAAGACGUAUGCGACGUACUAUGGCUUCCCCAACGACAAGCUAGCUUAUCACGUCACAAUGGACGAGACCAAGUGGCCGGUUGUUGGUAGAGGAGGUAAUGCGUUCCACAAUUUGAUGAAGGUAAAUGUGAGCAGUACAGUUCCAGCCGAGAAGAAUGUGCAUUGGAUGCUGGUCAAGGAUGAGCAGAACACGGCAAACACAUGCGCGUUUUGGAACGGUAUAGCUCUGGAUAUCACGAAGCAGAUGGAAGCAGGUGGAAGCAGCCGGAAGGGAUUGAUGCGGAUGAUGAAAGUAUUGACUGGAGUGUCAGUUCUUCAAGAACCAUCUCAUAAAUAUAUCAUGGCUCUAACAUGA